AUGUUGCGAACAUCGAUUCGAUCCGUGAGGGUGCUCGGCCACAGGCCUGCGGCGGCCGUCGUUGGCCGCCAAUGGCAGGUCGCUGCCACCCGCCGGAGACACUUUGCCGACGACAAGAAACCUGACCCGUCCCGACCAGCCGCCCUGCCGACCACAGAGACCAUCACGUCCGAGAAGAGCGAAGUCCCCGAGGUCCGGUUCGUCGAGCCGUCGAUUCCUAAGGAAGACGUCCCCCUCACGCCCCCGACCCCGAACACCGUUGUCCCCGAGACAGAGGCUGCCACGCCUCCGCCGCUGUCGCCCGCAGACGCUGCCCCGAAGAAGAAGGGCUUCUUCCGCCGACUGAGGAACCUCGUCUUGACCCUCGCCAUCCUCGGAGCCGUCGGCUUCGGUGGCGGCGUGUGGUACUCGCGCAUCAAUGACAACUUCCACGACUUCUUCACCGAGUUUGUCCCCUUCGGCGAGCAGGCCGUCCUCUACUUCGAGGAGGCAGACUUCCGCAAGCGGUUCCCCAACAUUUCCAACAAGCUCAAGGGAAGAGACACAGGCAGCCAGGUCAAUAUCCCCGCCCAGAGCGGCGCGUCCUGGCGGGUGGCCGACAACGGUGAGCCCGCCAGCCGCCAGUCGAGCGCCGUCGACAAAAAGGCCGCUGCCAAGGUCAUCGCUGUCAAGGAGGAGCAGAACAACCCGGUCGAGAAGCCCAAGGCGGCGACGGAGGCUCCCAAGCCCACACCCGCAGCCGCGCCCGAGCCCGUCAAGGAGGCUAAGCCUGCCGCCGCGGCCAAGAAGGAGGACGCGGCUGGAUUCAAGGCGCCCGAGGUCAAUGAGCCCUCGCGAUUCCCUCCCAUCGCGCCGAUCGACCCCCUGAAGAUCGAAGACGCGACCGAGCCGGUGGUUCAGGACCUUGUUCGCAUGCUCAACGACAUUAUCACCGUCAUCAACGCCGACAAGGCCCACGGCCGCUAUUCCCCUACCAUCUCCAAGGCUAAGGGCGAGCUGAGCAAGGUGGGCAGCAAGAUCAAGGCCAUCAAGUCGUCAGUCGAGGAGAAGGCGGCUUCCGAGGUGCAAGCCAAGGUUGCCGACUUUGACAAGGCCGCCAACGACCUCAUCGCGCGCGUCGAGUCGGCCAUGGUCGUGCAGGAGACGCAGUGGAGGAAGGAGUUUGAGGAGGAGAUGCAAAAGGUCAAGGCGAGCUACGACGAGCGCGUCAAGCUCGUGCUGGAGCGCGAGAAGCAGCUUAACGAGGAGCGUCUUAACAACCAGCUGCUGGAGCAGGCGCUCGCCCUGAAGAAGGAGUUCGUCUCGGAGGUGCAGAACCACGUGGAGGCGGAGCGCGAGGGCCGGCUCGGCAAGCUGGACAAGCUGUCGACGGCCGUGGCGGAGCUCGAGAAGCUCACCACGGGAUGGAACGAGGUGGUGGACACCAACCUCCGCACGCAGCAGCUCCAUGUGGCCGUCGAUGCCGUCCGCGCCAGCCUCGAGAACGCCACGCACCCCAGGCCCUUUACGCGCGAGCUUGUGGCUCUCAAGGAGAUUGCGGCCGAGGACCCCGUCGUCAACGCAGCCAUCGCGUCCAUCAACCCGUCCGCCUACCAGCGCGGCCUCUCCAACGCGGCGCAGCUCAUUGACCGGUUCCGGAUAGUGGCCAACGAGGUGCGCAAGGCGUCCCUCCUCCCCGAGGAGGCGGGCGUCGCCAGCCACGCGUCGAGCUACCUCCUCAGCAAGGUCAUGUUCAAGAAGCAGGGCCUGGCCGACGGCGACGACGUUGAGAGCAUCUUGACGCGCACGCAGACGCUCCUGGAGGAGGGCAACCUGGACGCUGCCGCCCGUGAGAUGAAUGGUCUCCAGGGCUGGGCGAAGACGCUGAGCAGAGACUGGCUCGGCGAGGUGAGGAAGGUCCUCGAGGUUCAGCAAGCGCUUGAUGUCAUUGCGACAGAAGCCCGUCUGCAGAGUCUCAAGGUAGAAUAA